AUGCCGAAGUUUCAUCAGAGCUCGUUGGGCAAGAAUGCCAAAGAAGCGGUACCCGAGGAAACGGAAUAUGUUGAGAACCUGGACACCAUACCUACCCAAGCAACGGCCAUGUCAAGACUCACAGCCGCCCAUCGAGAGUAUUUAUUACAACGGCAUGGCACCUUCGACUUAGAUCCUAUACCAGGCAUGGGAGGUGCUGAUCCAUAUAACUGGCAAAGCUGGAUGAAAAUUACAAACCUAGUUCUGGUUGCUAUCCACGCCUGCAUGUCGACUUUCACAGCUGCUUCCAUCAUACCUGCGUAUGAAAACAUUGCCGUCGACCUCGGGGUCUCUUUGCAACGGACUACAUAUUUGACCUCGCUGCAAAUUGCUAUACUGGGUGUAGCACCCCUGAUUUGGAAGCCUUUUUCCAACACCUAUGGCCGUCGACCCCUAUUUCUCAUCUCGCUUGCCUGUAGCCUUGUCGGCAACAUAGGAUGUGCCAAAAGUCCAAACUAUGCAUCGAUGGCUGUGUGCAGAGCCAUAGUGGCAUUCUUCAUCAGUCCAGCUGCAGCGAUUGGAAGUGCCGUGGUAACCGAAACGUUUUUCAAGAAAGAGAGAGCCAGAUACAUGGGUAUUUGGACCUUGAUGGUUACACUCGGUGUCCCAAUUGCCCCAUUCAUCUUCGGGUUUGUUGCAUACCACGUGGGAUACCGAUGGAUCUACUGGAUUCUCGCCAUGAUCAACGGCGUCCAAUUCAUCCUUUACAUUUUCUUUGGCCCGGAAACAAGGUAUAUUCGCAGUGGCGUCCAACAUCAGGAAUCGCCCUUCAAGCAAGAAUAUCUCACCUUCAAGCGUAUCGAUCCUAGACCGCUUACUAUCAACGAUUUUAUCCACCCUCUCUCACUCUUCAGAAAACAAUGUAUUUAUAUCCCAGCCAUCGCGUAUGCAAUGACCUUCCUAUUCGGCAGCGUCCUCAUCACCGUCGAGCUCCCCCAACUCUUCGGCCAGAAAUUCGGCUUCAAUGCCCAGCAACUCGGGCUGCAAUUCCUUGGUAUCAUCAUCGGAUCGGUAAUUGGAGAGCAGCUUGGUGGCAGCCUAUCUGACUAUUGGAUGAAUCGGAAAGCGAAGAGGACAGGCAUGCACACGGAACCUGAAUAUCGACUUUGGUUGAGCUAUGCAGGGUUCGUGUUGACGAUUGUGGGUGUUGUCGUGUUUCUCGUUAGAACGCAACAGGCGGCGGAGGGAAGGUGGAAUAUCACGCCCGUGAUUGGGAUUGCGAUUGCAGGUGUGGGAAACCAGAUUGUGACGACGGUGCUGAUUACUUAUGCUGUGGAUUGCCAUCAAGAGGAGUCCGCGAGUAUUGGGGUCUUUAUCACGUUUGUAAGGCAGGUUUGGGGGUUUAUUGGUCCUUUUUGGUUUCCAGAUAUGUUUACCAGUGUCGGAGUUGCUGCGAGUGCGGCGGUGGCAGCUGCUCUGAUUGUCGGAGUCAGUAUUCUGCCAACGAUGUUACUUCAGUGGCGGGGCCAAUUGUGGAGAUGGGGAUUGGUAGAAUCCGAUAGCGAUGUGACUGAUCGGAGUGUUUCAGCAAAGGUAUAA